AUGGCAGACACAAUCCCAGCGGAGUCUGUCGACGUAGCGACUCCCAGCAACAAUGGCGAACUCGCCGAGGAGCCCAGCAUCUUGCCCAAAGAAGAGGACGAUGCCAAGAGGAUGAAACCUGGUGAUAAGCGACGGUACCAUUGCACGUUCGCCGGAUGCAAUCGUGAUUACUCGCGCGCUGAGCAUCUUUACCGUCACCAACUCAAUCACAACCCAAAGGAGAUAUUUCGAUGCCACUACCCAGGAUGCACGAGAACUUUCGUCCGGCAGGAUCUUUGCAACAGACACCAAGAGCGCCAUUUCAGCCGCGGCAGGCAGGAGGAGUCUGCACCACCUGACACGUCUCAUCAGAAUACUUCACUGGGAGCUGGUCAUUCCUCAGACACCGACGAAAUCAGUGCUCUUGUCGCUCUCGGAUCAGGGAAUAAUUCUGCUUAUCAACGAGCUCGAACAUUACCCGCAACAGACUCAUACAGCUCAACUUCUGCGUACUCACAAAAUCAGAACAUCUCAGCAACGUCCAGUCGAUAUCCCAAUAUCCUCAAUGGACCGGCACCGGCACACAAUGUCACCGAGUCAAGGUACAGAUUGGACCCUUUCAAGAACGUGGCUGAAUACAGCGAGUCUUACGAGCGCGAGCCCGUAUUCACCAAGCCAGCUGAACCCAGCUCGAUGAGCAGCAGAAAGCGGUCUCGCGAGCUUGUCGAUCUUAGCGUAUCAGCGACUCCGUAUGCCGCCAGAAGAUCGACUGAUGCAAGCAUGAACGGCUUCGACAUCACCCAGACUGGCGGUGGCGCGGCUCCCCUCGAAUCGCCUGUAUCAAUGAGAGAUGAGUUUACGAACUGGCUAUUCGAUGACAUGAGCGGGAUGCCUGGCGCGUUCACUGGUCUAGGUGUCGGAUUUGUUGAUACCAACGAGGGCUUUGGCAGCCAGAUCUAUCCGGCAUACUUCGACGAUGGCUCAAUGGGAAGUGCGUACCAGAAUCCGUCUCCUGGAAGCGCAGGCGAGCUUGCUGCGAGUCCACUGGCUACCGCGAAUGGCCAGCUUCUCUCUUCAGGCAAACGACAGAAGUUGAUGGCUCUCAUUGACCACCGCUUCACGGACGAUGAUGCUAGCGAUAUUGCAGAGAUUAGAGACGAUGUGCUGGGUGGAGAUCGGGAUCAGGACGACCAUGUCCUGAGCAUGCGCUCAUUACAGAACUACAUCGGGUCGUAUUGGUUCCAUUUCCACGAGCAGAUCCCAAUACUCCAUCAGCCUACCUUUUCUGCGGAUCAAACUCAUCCAUACCUUCUCCUUGCCAUCAUGGCUAUAGGAGCAUCUCAGCUCAACAAAGCCCAUGGCCGAGCAGUUGCGGAGGGCGGCUCCAAGUUGGCAGCAUUCAUCGCAUGGCAUCUGCGAUGGCUGGUGUUCAAGGACAAAGAUUUCCGUCCUCCUGCAAAGCUAUGGGUGUUUCAGACGCUUCUACUCUUGGAGACGUAUGAAAAGUUGAGUGCAAGCAGGCUAAUUCAUGAGCGAGCCCACAUUCACUCAUCUACAACAAUCACACUGAUGCGUCGGGGAACUGCCCUGAUCGAUGGUCAUGCACAUCGCGAGAUCUCCCGCCACGCUGCUACACCAGAACAGUGGUGGGGACGAUGGAUCCAGGCUGAAGCGACUCGACGUGUGGCACUUGCAGCUUUUUAUCUGGACGCUCUGUCCGCGACAUCAUUCGGCCACGCAGCAAUUAUGGUGCCUCACGAGAUUCGUCUGCCUCUACCUUGUGAUGAUGCACUUUGGGAAGCCACAUCAGCUGGAGAAGUUGCUAGAGUCGAGGCGAGCUUGCAUGCGAACGGUGUGCAGCCGCCAACAUUCACAGACGCCCUUCGGAAGAUUCUCACAGGGCGCAAGGUGCGCACGAAUCCAAUCGGACGCAUGAUUUUGAUGGCUGGCUUGUUGUCUGUGUCAUGGCACAUGCAGCAGCGAGAUCUCCAGAUGUCGGUUCUUGGCGUCUCACGAGGAAUGGGUAUGGGCACACCGCCUGGAUGGCGAGAACCGCUGACAAAGUCGUUCGAUUUCUGGAAGAAAGAUUUCGAAGACUCACGAGCACAUAUGCAGCGCAUUUCGCUUCCAUGGCAGACGGCUACGCAGUCGAGCUCUCCUGAUUCGGACAAUAUGACUACUGCGACGGUGUUGUGGCAUCUGGCACAUAUGGCUAUGCACUGCGACAUCCGCGACAUCCAGAUCUUCGCAGGCGCAAAGUCCAAUCUAGGUAGACCAGUCGCUGACACAGAUCGAGAAAGGGCGAAGAAUACCAUUGGGUCGUGGAUCCGAAGUGCCGGUGGUCGGACAGCUGUCUGGCAUGCAUUGCAACUACUCAAAGAGACGCUGACGCCUCGGCCGUCCCCGGGUGACGCGCAUGGGAUUACCUACAAUGCGCGCGAUGAUCAUUUGAUCUACAGAUCAUGGUCGCUUUACAUGGCGGGCUUGAUCGUCUUCUGCUGGGGUUUCAUGAGUGAUGGACUUCUCCGACCAUUUCCGGAGCGGCUCCUCAGGUCGGAGGUCAGUGGCUCCGCAUUGCCACACUCGGCAUAUUCAGCUCCCCGUCAGAGUUCGAAGUGGGACGAAGACAUCGGCAUUCAAGCGCAGAAUUGGCAGGAUGCGAAGUUGUACCUUCAAACUAUAGGCAGUGUAAAGGAUUCGGCCGAGCUUGAGUCAGUGAAAGCUGGGAGAAACAAUAUUGUCGGCUUGCUGCGAAGCCUAGAGUUCGCUUUCAAGGAUGCACGUUGGGAGCUCCUCAGAGAAGGGGCGGAGCGGUUGAGGGCUGCUGUGCGGAUGCUGGAGCAGUAG